UUGUUCUAUAGUGCCCAACCUCCUUGCAUAUUGAACACUUAUAUUUUCUUGUUGGAAAUGAUUCUCCCAUUUCUUUUCGUCUCUUCUUAGCUCCUCCUCUUCCCAUCAAAUCCGUUUCAUCAUAUACGCAGUUUUCAAUGUAUAAGUGACAAUUUCAGAAGUAGAAAUAGAAUCAGAAGAAGAAUACACUUCACAUGCACUUUCUUUGUCUGAAAUAUCCAUAUUCACCCAAUCACAUUCAUCGUGAUCUUGACGAUUCUCGAUCCAUCUUUCACCUAUAUAUACCCUUAAAACUGCUCUAUCUCCAUGUUGUACUCAAACUGCUUUGAUCACUUAUCCUAAAAGGAAGCGCUUGUUGGCCUUCAAAGCAACGAUACAUCAAACUGAUGACAAGAUCUUUCGGUUCUCAAUUUAGUUUACAAUCUGAAAUGAUUUUGCUUACAAAAUCUUCAUAAAUGACAUCUCGAUCCAAAUGCAUCGCUAUCGUAUGUGCAGUUUCUUUGUUUUUUCCAACGCCAAAUGUAACGAUAAUUAGACUCAACCCAUUCACCGGAACAAUCAACUGCUAUUGUUAUCUUGUCCUCCAUUGAUAGUUGGAAAGGAAGAAGAAGUGAGAAAAAACGCGGGAAAAGGUAAUUGUGAAGAGGCGGCAACUUUUUUUUUUUUACUCUGUUUUAGGUUAUUAGGGUUUUUAUAUAGGAUUGGGUGGAAGGGGUAAAAAGAAAAACCCGAAAGACUAAUUGAGAAAAAGGGUGGGUCAGGUCAAAUUUCGGGUCAAUUUUUGCUUCUUUUUUUUUCUUUCUAUUAAAGCAGAGAACAGCUCCCUGUCAGCUCCAGUAAUCUGAAUACACAAGCAGCAAAACAUGUCAGUGACACUUCAUACAAAUCUAGGUGACAUCAAGUGCGAAAUCUUCUGUGAUGAAGUACCAAGAACUGCAGAGAAUUUCUUGGCGUUAUGCUCAAGUGAUUAUUAUGAUGGGACCAUAUUUCAUAGAAACAUAAAGGGUUUCAUGAUCCAAGGUGGUGACCCAACAGGUACAGGGAAAGGUGGGACAAGUAUUUGGGGAAAAAAGUUCAAUGACGAGAUAAGGGAGUCUCUCAAGCACAAUGCAAGAGGGAUGUUGGCAAUGGCCAACAGUGGCCCUAAUACCAAUGGGAGCCAGUUUUUCAUUACGUAUGCCAAGCAACCACAUCUCAAUGGAUUGUACACCAUCUUCGGGAAAGUGAUACAUGGACUUGAGGUUCUCGAUCUCAUGGAAAAGACUCCAACAGGACCAGGUGAUAAACCCCUUGCCGAGAUCAGGCUCAACCGGGUGACCAUUCAUGCUAAUCCACUUGCUGGCUGACGUACUUUUGAAGCAUGCUAAAGCAGUAUGUGUAAUCUCAUUGUUCGAGUUGUUGACCGUGGUGAAUUCUUUGGACUAUUGCUAUGGUCAACCUUCAUAGCCAACCAACUUACCGGUAGAUAGAGAGUAGUUAAUGUGGGAUGAUAAUAGUAAUGGAACUUCCUUUUUGUUGAGCUGUUGAUCUUCCUGAAAGCACAGUCCUGAAAUCUCCAAAAUGCUAAUAACUAUGAAAUGGUUCUCCAGAUCUAAGGUUUUAUAUGUAUAAACAGUGAAAAUCUAGUUGGAUAUAAUGUUGAUCUAUGAAAAAUUUGAACAUCUAUUGAGUGUAAAUGCAUAGUUAUUUUUUUCUUAAUAAUGUUGUACUGCUGUUGCAUUUGAUGUUAAUGCAAAUUGAAUGAUUCUUUUUCAUUCAA